AUGCAAGAUUUGAAUAAUAUGGAGACAGUUGAAACAAGGAUCAAAUGUGUGGAUUACCCAGUCUCUUUAUAUCACUCUCUCUCUCUCUCUCUCUCAUAUUCAGUUUCUUCAUUUCUGUCUAUUUAUCUAAGUCAGUUCAUAUCUAUCUAUCUAUCUAUCUAUCUAAGUCUGUUUAUAUCUAUCUUAACCAGUUUUGUCAUUUCUAAGUCUGGUCAAUUCUAUCUAUCUAUCUAUCUAUCUAUCUAUCUAUCAAUCUAUCUAUCUAUCUAUCUAUCUAUUUAUUCCAGUCUGUUCAUAUUUAUCUGUGAAUCUAGCUAUGAACAGAUUAAGAUAGAUAUUUUUCAAGAGGAUGAUGAUGAUGAUGAUCUAUCUAUCUAUCUUUCUAUCUAUCUAUCUAUCUGUAUCUGUUCAAUAUCUCUCUAUCAAUCUAUCUAUCAUUACAAGGCACGACGGCCUACAGGGGACCGACGUAAGGUCAUGAAGCAGCAGGAACUGGAAUUUGCGCCAAAACGCAGGACACGUGGGAAUUAG